AUGCUAAAAAACUUAGGGUUAGGGUUAGGGUUCUUGUUAGUAUAUGUUCAGUUGAUCUUUACUAAUGUUGAUAUUGAGUUCGAUUGCGGCGUUGUUAAUUCUUCGCUCUUGAUUGCUUUUCUUGUUGUUAUUGUUGUGUUGAUGAUCGGUUUUUGGUUUCGUUGCGUUUUGUUCAGCAGCUUACUGCACUAUAUGCUUCCUAGAAAGAGACACUGCGAAGGAGUGGUUGUGGAAGAGGCAGCUACUGAUAGUUUUCCAAAGAAGAAGAAUCUGAUUGUCACAGUUGGAACUGAGGGUUCGGUUGUGAAUAGCGACCGGAGUCUAAGCAGUAGUAGUAAUAACAACAGCAAUAGCGAGACGACUCUUGAACAAGGAACCUACGUCAUGACUUUGGGAGAUGCCAAUCCGUCGGAUAUUGAUGAAGACCUUCAUAGCCGGCAGCUUGCUGUGUAUGGUCGAGAGACCAUGCGUAGGCUCUUUGGGGCUAGUGUUCUUGUGUCUGGGAUGCAGGGUCUUGGCGCUGAGAUUGCAAAGAAUCUCAUUCUUGCUGGUGUCAAGUCUGUUACCUUACAUGAUGUGGGAACUGUUGAGCUAUGGGAUCUGUCUAGCAGUUUUGUGUUUUCAGAGAAGGAUCUUGGCAAAAACAGAGCAUUGGCUUCUGUUGGUAAGUUGCAAGAGUUGAACAAUGCAGUGGUUGUGCAAAGCUUGACUUCAGCGCUGACAAAAGGCCAACUUGCUGAUUUCCAAGCUGUUGUUUUUACUGAUGUUAGUCUUGAGAAAGCCAUUGAGUUCAAUGAUUACUGUCACAGUCAUCAACCUCCUAUUGCUUUUAUUAAAACUGAAGUUAGAGGCCUUUUUGGUUCUGUCUUCUGUGACUUUGGGCCUGAGUUUACUGUUUUUGAUGUUGAUGGAGAGGAACCCCAUACUGGCAUAGUUGCAUCUGUCACUAAUGACAAUCCUUCUCUAGUAUCCUUUGUUGAUGACGAGAGGCUUGAGUUUCAGGAUGGAGAUUUUGUUGUAUUCUCUGAAGUUCAUGGCAUGAAGGAAUUGAAUGAUGGAAAGCCAAGAAAGAUUAAUAAUGCUAGAGCAUAUUCAUUUACCCUUGAAGAAGACACUACAAAUUAUGGUAGCUAUGAAAAGGGUGGUAUUGUCACACAAAUCAAGCAACAUAAGGUGCUGAACUUUAAGCCACUGAGGGAAGCACUCAGUGAUCCAGGUGAUUUUCUUCUGAGUGAUUUUUCAAAGUUUGAUCGCCCACCUCUCCUUCACUUAGCAUUCCAGGCUUUGGAUAAGUUCAUUUCUGAGUUAGGCCGCUUCCCUGUUCCUGGGAUAGAGGAUGAUGCUCAAAGGCUUAUAGCCAUUGUUAGUAACAUGAAUGACAGCUCAGGUGAUGAGAAAAUAGAUGAUAUAAAUCCAAAACUUUUGCGACAAUUUGCCUUUGGUGCUAGGGCUGUACUGAAUCCUAUGGCUGCCAUGUUUGGUGGGAUUGUUGGGCAAGAGGUUGUCAAAGCAUGCUCUGGGAAGUUUCAUCCGCUUUUUCAAUUUUUCUAUUUUGAUUCUGUGGAAUCACUUCCUUCAGAACCACUGGACUCAGAUGAUUUCCGUCCAGUGAAUAGUCGUUAUGAUGCACAGAUUUCAGUUUUUGGACGGAAGUUACAAAAAAAGUUACAGGAUUCUCAAGUGUUUGUUGUUGGCUCUGGUGCUUUGGGGUGUGAAUUUUUGAAAAAUCUUGCUCUUAUGGGCGUUUCUUGUGGAAAUCAGGGAAAACUAACAAUUACUGAUGAUGAUGUGAUAGAGAAGAGCAAUCUAAGCAGGCAGUUCCUCUUUCGUGAUUGGAAUAUUGGACAGGCCAAGUCCACAGUUGCUGCUUCAGCCGCUGCAUCUAUAAAUCCUAGUUUUAAUAUUGAAGCUCUACAAAAUCGUGUCAGCGCUGAAACUGAAAAUGUGUUUCAUGAUACCUUCUGGGAAAACUUGGGUGUUGUGAUAAAUGCGCUGGACAAUGUGAAUGCAAGACUGUAUGUUGAUCAGAGAUGCUUGUAUUUCCAAAAGCCUCUUCUUGAAUCUGGGACUCUUGGAGCAAAAUGCAAUACCCAGAUGGUUGUUCCCCAUCUGACAGAAAACUAUGGUGCAUCAAGAGACCCCCCUGAGAAACAGGCACCAAUGUGUACUGUGCACUCAUUCCCACACAAUAUUGACCACUGCUUGACAUGGGCGCGGUCAGAGUUUGACGGAUUGCUUGAGAAAACUCCAGCAGAAGUGAAUACAUAUUUGUCCAACCCAGGUGAAUAUGCUACUGCAAUGAGGAAAGCUGGGGACGCUCAAGCAAGGGAUAAUUUGGAGCGUGUUCUUGAUUGCCUGGACAGGGAUAAAUGUGAAACUUUUGAAGAUUGUGUUACUUGGGCGCGGCUGAAGUUUGAAGAUUAUUUUGCUAACCGGGUGAAGCAGUUGGCCUUUACUUUUCCUGAAGAUGCUGCAACUAGUACCGGAGCUCCUUUCUGGUCUGCACCAAAAAGAUUUCCUCGUCCACUGCAAUUUUCGUCCUCUGAUCUGGGUCAUCUACAUUUUGUGGUGGCUGCUGCUAUUUUACGCGCAGAAACUUUUGGUAUAACGAUCCCUGACUGGGUUAAGAACUCUAGGAAGGUGGCUGAUGCAGUUGAUAGGGUGAUUGUACCUGACUUUCAGCCUAAGGAAGGCGUGAAAGUAGUGACAGACGAGAAGGCCACUAGUCUCUCCGCUGCAUCUGUAGAUGAUGCAAAGGUUAUUAAUGAUCUAAUAAUCAAGUUAGAGAGGUGCCGAACAAAUUUGCCCCCAACAUUCAGGAUGAAUCCAAUUCAGUUUGAGAAGGAUGAUGAUACAAACUACCAUAUGGAUGUGAUUGCUGGGCUUGCAAAUAUGAGGGCUCGGAAUUACAGCAUUCCUGAGGUUGACAAGCUUAAAGCCAAAUUUAUUGCUGGACGGAUUAUCCCUGCUAUUGCAACCUCAACUGCCAUGGCCACUGGUCUCGUCUGCCUGGAGCUGUACAAAGUUUUGGAUGGGGACCACAAAGUUGAAGACUAUAGAAAUACAUUUGCAAACUUAGCAUUGCCUCUAUUUUCAAUGGCCGAGCCAGUCCCACCAAAGGUUAUUAAACAUCAAGAGUUGAGUUGGACAGUUUGGGACAGAUGGACACUAGGAAACAACCCUACCCUGAGGGAAGUUCUUCAGUGGCUGAAGGCUAAAGGCUUGAAUGCUUAUAGUAUUUCAUGUGGGAAUAGUUUGCUCUAUAAUAGCAUGUUCCAAAGGCAUAAAGAGCGAAUAGACAAAAAGAUGGUAGAUCUGGGAAGGGAAGUAGCUAAGUUAGUGAUCCCUCCAUACCGUCGUCAUUUGGAUGUGGUUGUUGCAUGUGAGGAUGAGGAUGAUAAUGAUGUUGAUAUCCCUCUAGUAUCCAUUUAUUUCCGUUAG